AUGGCCUCUGCGUUCGCUGCUGGGAAAGACCUCGACGUUCACACGGACAUGACCGUCAAUUUUCGAGUCUCGUCGGGGUGCGGAAAUAACCUCACCCUCAGCAUCGAGGCUGUUGCAGCUGGAGUCCAAACCGACAAGUUGGGAGGCAACGCCGGAGGUGUUUGCCUACCAGCGUCGCACAGCGGUGCCGUCACGGUGACGUGCGCCGAUCUAGCUGACUUAGAUGAUGAUGAGGACGAUUGCGGAGAACCUGUUGGCAAAACUCUCUCGGAGAGCACAGAGGCGCCAAGCGAGCUAUCGACGCCGCAGA